CUUUUCCUUCGCUUUUUACCAAACAAGACCAGCAGUUCUGGAGAUCAGAGAGCCUCCCUUGCUUUGGUGAAUAUCGCGGCACUGUCAUUUGUAUCGUCAGCUGCUUGGUGAUGGUCCUCUCCUCCUAGUAUCAUCUCGUUUUUUCUUUUUUUCAUCUUCUUUUUUCCCUUCAUAGUCGUCCUCUUCACCACAUCCUAUCUGACUUCCUGCCGAACCCUGUUCUUUUCCACUCCUGGAGUAAACAGCCGCUGUUGCUCAGACAGCCAGAGAUCGCAGCCAUGUUUAUGAUCCGCAACGUGAGCAAGUUCCUCUUCGGGGAUACUUCUAAAGAGUCUAUCAUCGAGAUCCCUCAGGGGGAGCUUUAUCUAGUCCGGCCUCUGUCACCCAAGGGCUACUCGGAACUAAUCUUCAAGGACGCGGCCGCGUCGAUCCGACGUACCGGACAGGAGUAUCAAUAUCAACUUGUGAUCCAGAGAGCUUACGAGGAGGGUGAGGAAGAACUAAGCGCCGACGAAGACGAGCAAGGCGGCGUGGAUAACUUCGACAAGGACGAGAAGAUCUUCCUUCUUGACGAGGCUUUGCACUUCCGUACUGAAGUCCGCGAAGGGGGCGCCAAGGUUCUUGCUUGGAGAGACCUGAGCGGUGAUAUCGGCGACCUGUACGAAUUCGUUUGCGACCCGUCUGUACCGUCGGAUAAAAUCCCUACCUUUGAACUGGCUGCCUUCCAGUGCCAGUACGAGCGGAAAUACAGACAAAGUGCUCAAAAAGCAACCGAGCAGGAUCUUCAGCAGUUCUCGUACCAAGAGGAGAAGCCCAUCCCCUCUGCGAGCCCCAUCUCAUCACCAACCAAGUCUCGCGCUCACUCGCUUACUUCCGGAGAGUCAGCCGCCGCGAUGGCCAAGGAUGUUGAAUAUCAGAAGUCGAAAGGACAGAUCAAGCCAGCUGACAAUGGAGAGGGGCCCACUGUGGCACCGCCAUCGGCUGUGCAGCCUGAAGCUACGGAAGUUCUUGCGAAGGAAAAGGCUGAGCUGCAUAUGUUUGACUUCCCAAGUGGAACAUUCGUUAUGCAAGAUGCUGAUGUGACUGCCACUGUGUCCGAGGUCGGUAACUGGCAGUAUUGGCUUCAAAUCAGCGGAACUGAGAAGGAAUGGCUUGGACAGGCUGUUGUCGCGGAUAUUAACCCUGUCUUUAACUUUGAAUAUCUUUCCUUCAUCUUCAACCACUACGCUGAGGAUGGGUCCGCAUACUCUUGGCUUUUACGCUUCAAAGACCAAGAGACUGAGGAACGCUUCCAGGAGGGUCUGAUGCAAGCGCUCUGGGAACAACUGAACGAGAUGAAAUGGGUCAAGGUGAAGGAGGACGACCGGGAAUAUGUUUUGGAUGCGUUCCAGGACCUUACCAUGGAGGACGCAGCCGACAACCAGGAGGAGGAAGAAGAGGAAGAAGAAGAAGAGGAAGAUCAGUACGACGGUCAACGCAGUGAACACUAUGACAGUGAUGAAGAAGAGGAUGAUGUGGUUACACACGAUGAUGACGGUAAUGUCAACUCGCAACUUGCAGUCGGCUACAAGCACGAUAGAUCGUUUGUUGUCCGUGGUUCCAAGAUUGGUGUCUUCAAACAUACGCCAGACAACAACCUUGAGUUCUCUACCACUAUCUCCAAGGUGGAGACACCAAACGGCAAGCUAUUCAGCCCCAAGAAGGUUAUGUUGCAUGCCGAGGACUCCAACAUGGUUCUUCAAAACGGGGAUGACCCUAACUCUCUCUAUCGCAUGGACCUGGAGUAUGGUAAGAUUGUCGACGAGUGGAAGGUUCAUGACGAUAUUCCUGUCAAUACAUUUGCACCAGAAACCAAAUUUUCCCAAAUGACCAAUGCUCAAACCUUCGUCGGAGCCUCUCAGAAUGCGCUCUACCGCAUUGAUCCCCGUCUGGCAGGCAACAAACUUGUCGAUGCGGAUCUGAAGCAGUAUGCUAGCAAGAACGACUUCUCGUCCGUGGCCACGACUGAAAAGGGAUACAUCGCGGUCGCUUCGAAUAAGGGAGAUAUUCGCAUGUUUGACCGCCUGGGAAUCAACGCCAAGACGCAUAUUCCUGCACUGGGCGAACCUAUCAUUGGUCUUGACGUGUCCGCCGAUGGCCGCUGGGUUCUAGCUACGUGCCGUACCUACCUUCUUCUCAUUGACUCGCUGCAGAAGGAAGGCAAGAAUGAAGGCAAGCUUGGUUUCGAGCGUUCAUUCGGCAAAGACGCUAAGCCCCAACCUCGUCGUCUUGGUCUUCAGCCAGCACAUGUCGCACAGUUCCAACAUGAAACCAAGAAGCCUCUCGCUUUCACCCAAGCUCGUUUCAAUACGGGUGUUGACUCACAAGAAACGUCGAUUGUUACGGCAACGGGUCCUUUCAUCGUCACAUGGAGCUUGAAGAAGGUGCUUGCUGGGCGCAAGGAUCCCUAUACGAUCAAACGGUACUCUGAAGAGGUUAUGGCAGACAACUUCCGAUUCGGCUCUGACAAGAACGUCAUCGUCGCCUUGCCAAACGAGGUCAACAUGGUUGCCAAGAGAGCUCUCCAGAAACCCACUCGCGAGAGCAUCGCAGGGCCCCCAGUCACCCCAGGCCGUCGCAGCACCCGGUGGGGCAGCCGUUUGGGACGAGAUGAUAUUGUCAACUCUCCAUACUAAACGUCCGGCCCCGUUCUCUAGUCAAGUGACUUUGACUUAUUUCAUUACCUCGUUUUUCUUUUCUUGUACACUGCAUACCCCCUUCUGUCUUCCUUUUGCUUGUUUAUUGCCUUUUUUUCCCCCCUCCUUUAAUAAUUCCUAGACGUUCUUGCACCACUUCUAUGAUCUUCUUAUGCAAUUUCCGAUACGAUAAACCAUGGACGAUCUUUCUCCUGAGGGCGAUAUGGUAGCUUACCAAUGAGAUGGAAAGGGUGGGAUUGAAUGAUGGUCUUUGCAAUCUCGAGAUAAAUCUCUAGUAAUACUUGAGUACGAAUUAUGAAUUCCGAACGACAUUUCUCC